GGGAUCAGCAGUUUCCCCCCUCUUAGUGGGGGUUGUUUCUUGCUGCCAUCACGCCGAAGCUUCCUUGCAUCUUAAUACCCUUUUUUUUUUUCCCCAAGCCUCACCUCAAAUCCCCAACUUACCGACAGGACAGCAAUUGUACAUACGGACGGCGUGAUAUUCCUUUUCCAGCCCUGGUUGAAAUUCAGUAAUCCUAUAUUUAGGGCGAUAGAAGCUCUGAGUAGUAAUAUAAAGACGGCGACUUUGCCUUGAACCUUUUGCCCUUCUCCCUUUAUUACCACCAUCCGUGAACUUGACGAAUUACCAAUCUCCCAAGGACUAUACCACUUCCCAUAAAUUCAACAUGAUGCGCGCCAAUUUCCUGAAGCUUGCUCAAAGGGGCCGCGGUAACCUUGCCAUUGCAGCACGCCGCGCUUCUGUCCCCAAUGUCAAUCAACGACUCACAGCGAUGUUCUUGCCUCGUACCGUGUCUCACCAACCCGUCGCAAUACGCCUCUUCUCCGCGUCCUCUUCCGUCGCACAACAGACAGCACCCAAAGUCGAAAUUGCGCCUAUUACUCAGGCCCAGUAUCAUGAAUUGGCUGAUGAAUACCUCGACGCGGUGCUUACCAAGUUUGAAGAGCUCCAGGAUGAGUACGGGGAGGUUGACGUUGAGUAUAGCUCCGGCGUUAUGACCGUUAAGAUCCCCAAUGCCGGUGUCUAUGUAAUCAACAAACAGCCCCCUAAUAAGCAGAUAUGGCUGUCGUCGCCUAUCUCCGGUCCAAAGCGAUACGACUACGUGCAAUCCGGAGAGGCACAGGGCGAGAAGCAGAAUAUUAAGAAGGGAGAAUGGGUCUAUGCUCGAGAUGGCACAACCCUGGGCGACCUUCUAUUAAAAGAGACAGGUGUCGCAGUCGAAUUUGAAACCGAGUAAAUGGCUUAAUAUAUUAGGAAUCAGCUAAGCUCACAUCUUUCACUUUCGGGGGGUAAUUUGAAGACAAUAUGGUGUUUAUUAGAGGGAUGACGGGCAAUGAUUUGACUCGGGGGUUCGAGCUAGGAUUGUACCAUACCACACUUUUGCAUCGCGCGGCGGAGUUUAGGCCUCAU